GGUAAAGCAACUCUGAAUUACUAUGUCAUGGAGAUGUCUUGGUUUCACAGUUUUCCAUCCACAACUUUCGUCCUUGUUGUCAUAGUGAUAGUUCUCCUGUACCUGUACUCAACAUGGACAUUUUCUACAUUCAAAAAUAUGGGAGUCCGUGGCCCAACACCAUGGCCAUUAAUCGGCAGCAUGUUGGAGUAUAGAAAGGGUAUUGUAGUUAAAGACUUAGAAUGGACAAAGAAGUACGGCAAAGUGUGCGGAAUCUAUGAAGGACGUAGACCAAUGUUACUCGUUACGGACCCUGAGAUGUGUAAACAGAUAUGUGUAAAACACUUUUCAUCGUUCAAGAACAGAAAUACACUUCCACUAAAAAGCAAACCAAUGAGUUCGCGUUUAUUCCAACUUGCUGAUGACCGUUGGAAGGUUACUAGGAACACGUUGACUCCAUCUUUCAGUGGCUCCAAAAUGAGGCUGAUGUCUCCUCUUAUCAGCAGAUGUGCCGAUGAGUUAAUAAAAAACAUGGAGGCACAUUGCAAAGAAGGAAAGACAGUACAGUGUAAAGAUUUGUUUGGUAGUUAUGUGGUGGAUAGCAUUGCAAGUGUAGGAUUUGGGAUGGAUGUUAGUUCGCAGUCUCAACCUGAACAUCCAUUUGUGAAACAUGCUAAUUUGACUGCCAUACUUAGUUUGUUCAAUCCAGUAUUUGCUAUUGUGUUUUUCUUCCCAUUCCUUCUUCCACUCCUGAAGUAUUUUGAGAUUCAAUUACUGCCAAUGAAAACGAUCGACUAUUUUUCACAAGUUGUCGGAGAAACUAUCAAGUUGCGAAACAGUGACAAAGGUGCCAGCCAAAGAGUUGACUUCUUACAACUAAUGAUUAAUGCCCAUGAGAUAUAUGAUGAAUAUGUAAAGAGCAAAGAAGAUGACGAAGAUCAUGAUGAAGGCGUGAACAGAGUGGAAUUCAUCAAAGAUAGCACACAUUCUUCGGUUAAUUUGAGUAAAGGACUAAGUGAGGAUGAAAUGCUCGCACAGUCUAUUGUAUUCUUCAUUGCUGGAUAUGAAACUACCAACGCCACGAUGUCAUUCGUGUGCUAUAAUUUGGCAACCAAUCCGGAAACGCAAGAGAAGUUACAGAAAGAAAUUGACGAGGUCAUGUGUAACUAUGAUGAUGUGGGAUAUGAGGCAGUCAGCAAGAUGAAAUACUUAGAUAUGGUAGUUUCAGAAACACUCAGAAUGUUUCCCCCUCCAAGUAGGUUUAAUCGCGAAUGCAACCAAGACAUCAACAUUAAUGGAAUAAAUAUCCCCAAAGGAAUGACUGUGUCUGUCUCUCCCUAUGUCAUUCAUCAUGAUCCAGACAAUUAUCCAGAUCCAGAAAAGUUUAUUCCAGAAAGAUUCAGUAAAGAACAGAAAGAGAAGCGACACCCAUAUGCCUGGAUACCGUUUGGUGCCGGACCUCGUAACUGUAUUGGUAUGAGAUUUGCAUUGAUGGAAUUAAAGAUGGGAUUGGUUCGUGUAUUGCAGAAGUUCACCUUUGAACCGUGUGCGGAAACUGAGAUUCCUCCGGUGCUUGGCAAGGGGAUAUUUUUGACCCCACCCAAUGGUAUUAAACUCAGCGUUAAAUUGCGAGAAUGAAUACUCAGGAAAGCGAGUACAUCAUUUAUCAAGAACAUAUAAUACCAAUGUGAUUACACAUUUGUGUGGUACUCGUACUGAAUCUAAACUAUUUAUGUUUAUUUUUGGGGUUGGUGAUUACUUCUUAGAAGUUUUGCCUGACAUAGUUUUUUUAAUGACAUUUUGACAUUUCUUGCAACAACAAAAUGUCUUCUUAUCUUCUGUCACCAUUGUGAUACACAUAAUUAUCAAUCAACUUUAUAUUCACCGAUAUUCGUUAUUCAUUAUCUACAUUAUCAUAGGCAAUGCAGUAAUACUUACGCGAUGUUAUAAAUACACGUAUAGAAAUAUGAAAUUCGGAUGAAACAUUCGUGUGUAUAUUCAGGGCUUCAAGUCUAUAUUGUUAUUGACUGGCCUGGCCCUGUUAUUUAAAUAUUGUAUAUUAUCAUUCCUUUCAAGAAUAAAGAAAUCGUGAAAUGUAGUA